AUGUUCGCAUUCUUCAAGCAGUACCUCAGAUCGCGUCCAGCGCCGACCAGUUCCAUUUUGGGCGCAACUGGUCGCUACGACUUCCUCGACGAUGACUUGUCCAUCCGCCGAGAUAUCAUCCAGGACAUCCAUCGACUACUUCAAGCCAACACAGCCUUGCUCAAGAAAGAAAAUAGAGGUGACGUUGCCAAGCCUGGGGACAAUUCCCGACCCGUGAUGUUCAAUAGUCGCGAUGUUAUCAACCAGGCGCGUUUUUGCGCGGCUCUAUGGUCCUUAGAGCGCCUGCGCCUCGACGCUAUUCAUCGGAGUCUGUCAGCGAACGAGGAUGGCUUUCCUGGUGAUCUCAUGGAAUCUUUGGGAAUGGUGCAUGAGAGACUCGUGAGGGACAGGAUCAACGCCGCUAACAAUAUCAUCUACUUGAGUCGAGAACUGCAGAAGCUCUGGGACCAAGGUGUCUUUGCCUUAGAACCUCUGGGCUACGAUUCAAGGCCCAAGGAGCGCGAAGCAGGUGCCUCAGUGGAACACCUGGAGAAAGAGGAUCUUAGACACUGUCUUGAGCUCCGCUUCCAUUGGCUUCCUAAGACUUCAGUUCAGAACCUGAGAGAGACUGCGUCCCCCGACCUGCUCAACACUAGCCCUCGCGACCUUAUCCAAGAAUUCGAGACGAAUGAAGGACCUCAAGCCGAUAUCGGUCGUUGUAUCAACAGCGGGGAAAUCAUAACCAUUUGGGCAGACAGGCGUAAAGACCUUCCCGCCAUAGAGUUCCUUAGGGCUCGAUGGCUCGCUUGCCUCAUUCAUCGCUUCAGCGGCAGUGCAGACCCCAAGAUAUAUGAGCCUCUCUUCCCUAAUUCAGACGAUAUAUGCGCUACUUGUUCUAUGCUUAGGGAUGCCGCGGAGCUCCCCAAACUGCGGGAGCGCUUGGCGGACCUAGAACUCCGCGUCAAGAACAGAAUGGCAGAUGUUUAA